GUUGCACAGUGGCUUCUGCAGCAGGAGAUGAAACACUCAGAUUUUGGAAUGUUUUUGGAACCCCUGAAGUAGCAAAACAGGCUCCAAAGUCAAAUCCUGAGCCAUUUGCUCACAUCAACCGAAUUCGCUGAAUUUUAUAACCCUCUGCCUGCUGAUACAGAUGAUGAUAUGGCUUUACAGUCUCAGCAGGCAUCGAACAGAGGUGGAGUAAACUGGAAGUACAAGUGGGGUAGAUUGCUUAGGCUUUGUCAGCAUGUGGCAGCUGGAGUACCAAAUGUGAGAUGGUUUGGUGUGGAAGGAGACUACAAUGUUCUGGUCAUGGAUUUACUUGGACCGAGUCUUGAAGAUCUUUUUAACUUCUGCAGUAGGAAACUUUCUCUGAAGACAGUUCUAAUGCUCGCAGAUCAAAUGAUAAAUCGUGUUGAAUUUGUACACACUAAAUCCUUUUUGCAUCGAGAUAUCAAACCAGACAAUUUUCUUAUGGGCUUGGGAAGACGUGCAAAUCAGGUCUACAUAAUUGACUUUGGUCUGGCUAAGAAGUACCGAGAUACUUCUACUCACCAACACAUUCCUUACAGAGAAAACAAAAAUUUGACAGGAACUGCUAGAUAUGCAAGCAUGAACACUCACCUUGGUAUUGAACAAAGCAGGAGGGAUGAUUUGGAAUCUCUUGGAUACGUUCUAAUGUACUUCCUAAGAGGAAGGUGAUAAUUGCUGUAUACUCCAUUUCUGCCUUGUCUUCUUUUGUUAACAUCUUCCAUUUUAACA